GUUAAAAAAAGUAUGAUAUUUUAAUAUCUGAGUUUGGCGGGAGACGGAAGGAAGGAGGAACUAGGGCAACUCCAAAAAUGCUCACCGGUAGAGAAAGCUUGAUAAGAGUGAUCGGCAAACGCAGGCGAUAUCUUCCCAAUCGUCAAUCUAUACUCUCAGCCUCCGUUCAGAAUUGUUUGAAUCUUUUGCCGGAUGAGCAUGGGAGGGUUCCCUCUCCUGAAGCUCUGGAUAGAUCCCCAGCAAGGAAAACUGGAAUAUCUGAUGCUGAUAGGGUAACCUGCCCUGUAUGUGGUACCGAAGUUAGGGUUGAAAACCAUGAUAUCAAUUCUCAUCUAGAUGCAUGUCUUUGUAGAAGAACAAAACGAAAGUUGAGACAAAGCACUCUUCUUCAGUGGAACUGUGGUUCAUGGUUGAAGGAUCAAAUUUGUUCCACUAAAUCAAAACAAUUGGUGGAAAGUGUCUUUUGUAAUGGUGCUACCACUUCUGUACAGAGUGUCAUCUCUGACUUAACUAAUUUUGAUUCAACUGAAGAAAAUGAUCACAAUCAUUUGAAAUUGCCGAUGGAUGCCAAAUCUGUGAAGCAAGCCUCCUUGGCUGGUUGUACAGAUAAUCUAGUAAUUAAUGGAAGACAGGAUUGCAUUGUCAACAGAACAUUACCAUCCUCAAACAAUGAGAACCAGUUUGCUUUGGAUGUAAUUGUGGAUGACAUAUCUAUUGUCACCAUUGAUACUUUUAUUGUUGGUCGGCGGUUUGGUGACAAAGUAGAGUUGACUUUUGGGGAAAAUAUCUCUCUUAUGAGAGAGCCCAAUCAUGUUAAUGACUCAAAUGCAAUCAAGGUUCUUUCUACAGAUUUUGCAUGCUGUAAAGUGCUUGGUUAUCUCCCUCGAGAGCUAGCUCAAUAUUUGUCUCCUCUAAUUGAGAAGUACUGUUUAAGCUUUGAGGGAUGUGUGACUGCUGUUCCUAGUUGUUGUCUUGAUGUUGUUCCAAUUACACUUGUCUGUGAUGACAUGACAACAAAUGUUGAAAAAGAAUCUAAAGAUUUUGAAGAUUUGAAAUGUUUAUGGAAAAGGGCUCUUGAAGUAGCUGAACGAAUGAAGGAUCAUCCACCUAGGUCGACAAGAUAUCAGAUAAACUUUUGUCUGUUAUUGCAAGAGGUUUUAAGAAGUAAUCCUCACCUAUUCACAGAUGGUGAGAUAAAAUUCUUGGAAUCAUUUGCUUCCCUAUCAGAGGAUAGUCAGAGGCUAUUUGUUCGGCUUUACCCACGGAAAGGACCAUGGUUCCGAUUAUCUACCAUAUUGUAUCGUGAAGUACUUAAUUCUCAAGAAGCAAUCAAGGAACUCUCUGCAACUGGCUAUAUUUGUCUCUUUGAAGAUAAAACAGAAAUUGAAAUUGAUGACAUGGAGACCAUUCUGUCUUUGCUUACUAUCACUGAGCUUCGUGACAUUUUGUGCAUGCUGAAAAAGACUUGCAAUCGUGGCUCAAGAAAACAGUUUAUUGUUGAAUCUCUUCUUUCUCACUAUAAAGAUGGUUCAAGCCCUACUCUACCAGGAUUGAUCAUGCAGAAAGUUGGGAUCUGUAUUAGGAUAUCUUCAGAAGCUGAAUCCCUUCUCUGGCGGGCAGAGAGACUUUUCUUCUUAAAUGGGGAGCAGGAUCUGUCAGCAUUUUUACUGGUUGAUCUCGGGAUGGUCAAGUAUCCCACUUACAACUGCAUAAUUUCAGAACCCAUUUUCUCAAGUAGAAGUGACCUGCUUGCUUAUGAAGAGGCUGUUGAAGUGGCUCAAAUAAUGGAUCAAUCUCUUGAUGAAGGCAACACUGAAUUGGUGUUGCAAUGCAUUAUGAUAUCUGACUCUCGUAUUAUCCCUGAUCCUUUUGCAAAAGCACGCCAAUCCACAACUACUGAAUCAGUGGCUAUGUUUCUUUCACACUUUUCAGCAUCAUGGGUCUACUCAAAAGUGGUUUUGUUAGGAAUUUCCUUCCUUGAACAACAGCAUAGGUACAAAGAUGCAACACAUUUUCUGAAGUGUUUACUUAAUUGCUUCACUUGUGAUAGAAGAAGAGGAUAUUGGACAGUAAGGUUGUCUAUUGAUUUGGAACAUAUUGGGUGUCCCAAUGAAAGCCUGUCAGUUGCUGAGGCAGGGCUAAUGGAUCCUUGGGUCCGUGCUGGUUCAAGAGUGACGCUUCAAAGGAGAGUUCUUCGCUUGGGAAAACCACCAAGGCGCUGGAAAGUUCCAUGUUUUUCAGAGUCCAUCAAGAGGAGGAUAACAGAGGUUCAUGUUCAAGGAAGACCUUUGAAUUGUGAAGCUGGUGCAAAGAGCAGAUUUUAUGGGGAAGAUGGGGAACAAUGUGGAGUGGAACAACUUGCUCUUCAAUAUUAUGCUGGGGAAGGUGGCCGAUGGCAAGGUGUUCACACUGAGAGUGGCAUUUGGUUGGCCAUUUUUAGCCUUCUCAUGUGGGAUGUUUUAUUUUCUGAUGUGCCAAAUGUUUUUCGCUCCAGAUUUCAGACUGCUCCUUUGGAUUUAGAGACUGAUCAUUUUUAUCUAGCAAGGCAGGACAUUAUAGAGGCUCAACUAGAAAAGAUUCAUAAUGGUAUGGCAGAGGAGAUCCUCGUCAUAUCAUGGGAAUCACAUGUUGGAACAGCUUGUAGAGGAAUUAGUUGGGACCGAUAUUCUCUAUCUGAUCUCCGUGCAGCUGUUACAUGCAAUGGGGGUCCUUGUUUGGCCUCCUUCUGCAGACAUCUUGCUCAAGAUUAUCGGAACUGGUCAAGUGGAAUGCCAGAUUUGUUGCUUUGGCGCUUCCACGGGGACUACAGAGGUGAAGCUAAACUUGUUGAGGUCAAAGGUCCCAGGGAUCGACUCUCUGAACAACAAAGAGCAUGUUUGCUGCUCCUAAUGGAUUGUGGGUUCAGUGUGGAGGUUUGUAAAGUGAGCCCUCCAUAAGUGUCCACAUGAUCAUUUCUGUGAAAGAUUGCUCGACUGUAGCUGGGUAAAACUCCUCUAGCAAUAUUCAAUUAGUAAAUCAUGGAUGGCCAAAAAAAAGAAGAAAAAAAAAAAGUAAAUCUUGUAAAACUAUUCAAUUUAUCAAAUCAGAGGUGCCUUUUUCCUUUAAAACAAGAAAAGCAACAUUUUAUU